AUGCAAUGUUAUGGUCUUAUUUGUGUUUCUCCCGAUUCUCAAGAAAAUCCAAUUCCUUUACAAAAUGUUAAAGUCGAAGCAAAUGUUGUUGAUAUGAUUGCUGAAGAAGAUAAAAACAUUGAAGCAUUGUAUAAAUUUCCAAUUUAUGAAGCUGCAGCAAUUUGUGAUUUUGAAGCAGAAAUUGAUGGCAAAUAUAAAAUUAAAGGUGUUGUGAAAGAAGCAAAACAAGCUGCUUCUGAUUACAAAGAAGCUAUCGAGAAAGGACAUAGUGCUUAUUUACUUGAAGAACAACUUUCAGAUGUAUUCCAAUGUUCAAUUGGAAAUCUAAAAAGUAAUCAGACAGUAGUCAUCAAAAUCACCUAUGUUACUGAACUUAAACAUGACUCAGAGAAUGAAAAAAUACGAUUUGUUUUACCAACUUUAUCAGAUUACAUUGCGCACAAUAUAACAUGA